AUGUCGAUGAUCCCUCAGUCGAUGCGUGUCCAAGCUCGCAGGGACUUAUUCUGGUCCAAUGUCGUUCGGGAUUCCCUCAUGGCGAUGUCCAGCGCCGCGGCAAGCUCCAGCGCUCGCUUGAGUCCAACCCCCUCAGCCGCUCAGCACUCGACUUCCCCAGUCGAUGACCUCUUUGAUGGACGCAUGGGCAUCAUCACCUCACUCGGACAACGGAUCCCGAUCGCGGACAUCUUCCCUCUGUUCGCGUGCUCAUCGACAGGGUCCCAAGCGGAUCGAGAGCGCUCCGCGGAUGUCCAGUGCACGAUCUUCCGUGUAACGACGCCGACCGGAGAGUCGUAUACGCUCCCGAUCUCGCAGAUCAUCGGGAUCCAUUCGAUUACCGAAGAACUGAUGCAGCAGCUCGAAUCUGCAUCCGAGGACCUCCAAGAGCACGAAUCCGAUUCCGGAGAACGGCUUCCCUUCGGAUUUGCGGCAUACACCUCGCUGGCACGCUCCGAAGCGGAACGAAACGCCGCACAGAGCGUCCUCGAUCGCGUUCAAGAGUACGCCGACAACAUCUUGCUUAUUGAUGAUGGAUCCACAGACGGCACUCCAGAGAUCCUUGAAGAACUCCGCGAGCCGAUGGGACUCGACAUCAUCCGACACCCAACCAACUACGGCUACGGCAGAGCGCUCCGAGAGAGCUUCGAGUUCGCUUCUCGUGAAGGGUACGACUGGGUCAUCACGAUGGACUGCGACGAGCAGCACGAGCCGGCGCAUAUCCCAGAUUUCAUGGCCGCGAUCGAGCGGGAUGAUCUGGACAUCAUCUCGGGAUCUCGCUAUCUGAAUCUUGAUGCCCAGAGCGACAUCGCUCCAGCGGAUCGUCGAGCGAUCAACAUGACGCUCUCCAAUGAGAUCAACGAUCGCUUGGGAUUCACGCUCACCGAUUCGUUCUGCGGAUUCAAAGCGCAUCGUGUCUCCGCGAUGGACAGGAUCACGCUGACAGAAGAUGGAUACGCAUUCCCGAUGCAGCUCUGGGCGCAAGCCGCAGCUCACAACCUCCGCGUUGGCGAAGUUGAAGUUGACCUCAUCUACAACGACCCCAACCGAACCUUUGGGGGUGGACUGGAUGAUUCGGAGCAUCGACUCGCGCAUUACCGCGAGGUGCUCGACGAAGAGAUCACCGCCGCGUUCGCGCAGGUACAAGCAGAAAUCGAGCGCAUGUCCGCAUCACACCAAGACUCGCUCAAACCAACAGUCCAGUUGCUUCCAGAGGUCAAUCGUUGGCCCAGUAGUUUCCAAACACCAACAAACAAUGCUUUGCUUUCGCUGCGGGCAAAGCUCGAUCUUCCAACCGAUCGUCCCAUCGUCGCGUCUGGACAUCAGUCCAUCGUGUUCCAUCCUGGGAUCGUCGCGAAACUCAUCGCGCUCGAUCAUGUCGCGAAGCACUCAGGCAGCGCCAGCGUCUGGAUCGUUCCUGAUCAGGAUGUUGUUGAUCCCGCUCUGGUGCGCACACCGACUCUUGAAAACGGCUUUCUUACUGAACGCAUGAUCCGUUUGGGUGGUGAAUCGAACCUGAACGCACCGUCUGCUGUCUUGCCCGCGAUCGAGAUCGAUCAAGACUUGCCUGAGUCACUCUCAGAGAUCGCUUCUUGGUUGAUGGGGUACGAGUAUGAAGGAUCCAUCGCAAAGCAGUUCGCGAUCGCGACGAUUGGAUACCUGUGCGAGCUGCUUGAUUUGGAGCAGCCGAUUCUGAUUUACGCUUCGGAGUUGAUCGCGAGCGGAGCAGGGGCUGAACUGAUUGAUGCGAUGUUCGAAGAUCCAAGAACCGCCGCAAUGAUGUACAACCAGAGUGCUGAGCAACAUCCCGAUGCGGGUGUUCGUCCAUUGAUGAUGACUGAAGAUUCAGUCGAGCUUCCGCUUUGGCGCGUCGAAGGACAUGCACGCACUCAAGUCAUCGUCAGAGACGGCGAUUCCAUCGAUCGAUCGAAUCUCAUGCCGACGGGAUUGCUCAUGACCGCGAUCAUGCGAUCAAAGCUCUGCGAGCUCUUCAUCCACGGCUUGGGCGGAUACGAAUACGAUCAGAUCACUGAGCACUGGAUCCGAAGCUGGAGGGGCGAAGAACUCGCUCCAGCCGUGGGCGCCAGCGCGACGAUGACGAUCGAGCAUACAUCGGAUCACGGCAUCCCCGAACCCGCUCAAGCGGCAUGGAUCGCGCAUCAUGCGAAGCAUGAUCCUGCGAUGCUCGGAGACCAGCAAGCCGCGGCUCAGAAAGAAGAGCUUGUACAGUCGAUCAAGACCGCCAAAGCGGAUGGGAAUCGAAUCAAAGCCGCGGAGUUGUUUGCGCAGAUGCAAUCGCUGCUUCAUGACACGCGAUCUUCCAACGCGCCGACUCUGGAGCAGUUCAGGUCAGAUGCUCAGAACGCUCGAAAAGCGUCGAGGUCCAAGGAACUCGCUGAGGAUCGAACAUGGGGAUUCCCGUUCUACUCAGCACAGCAGCUCAAGUCGCUCAAAGAGCAGGUAGUCCAGGCAUUGGUUGAAUCGGACUGA